CCGAGGAUCGGCGGAGGAGGAGGAGGAGGUGGUAGUGGAGUAGGAGUAGAAGGAGGUGGCGGCUUCGGUCUGACGCUGCCCGGUGAGAGAACGCCGAGCCGUCGCCGCCGCCGAGAAGCCCUUGUUACCGCGGCCGGGAAGGAGAGGCUGGUGCCGACAAGAUGGCGGACGGAGAGCUGAACGUGGACAGCCUCAUCACCCGCCUGCUGGAGGUACGAGGAUGUCGUCCAGGAAAAAUCGUGCAAAUGACUGAAGCAGAAGUUCGGGGCUUAUGUAUUAAAUCUCGGGAGAUCUUUCUCAGCCAACCUAUUCUUUUGGAAUUGGAAGCACCACUGAAAAUUUGUGGAGAUAUUCAUGGACAGUAUACAGAUUUACUGAGACUAUUUGAAUAUGGAGGUUUUCCACCAGAAGCCAACUAUCUUUUCUUAGGAGAUUAUGUGGACAGAGGAAAGCAGUCUUUGGAAACCAUCUGUUUGCUAUUGGCUUAUAAAAUCAAAUAUCCGGAGAACUUCUUUCUUUUAAGAGGAAACCAUGAGUGUGCUAGUAUCAAUCGCAUUUAUGGAUUCUAUGAUGAAUGCAAACGAAGGUUUAAUAUUAAAUUAUGGAAGACGUUCACUGAUUGUUUUAACUGUCUGCCUAUAGCUGCCAUUGUGGAUGAGAAGAUCUUCUGUUGUCACGGAGGACUAUCACCAGACCUUCAAUCCAUGGAACAGAUUCGGAGAAUUAUGAGACCUACUGAUGUCCCUGAUACAGGUUUGCUCUGUGAUUUGCUGUGGUCUGACCCAGACAAAGAUGUACAAGGCUGGGGAGAAAAUGAUCGUGGUGUUUCUUUUACUUUUGGAGCUGAUGUAGUCAGUAAAUUUCUGAAUCGUCAUGAUUUAGACUUGAUUUGUCGAGCUCAUCAGGUGGUAGAAGAUGGAUAUGAAUUUUUUGCUAAACGACAAUUGGUAACCCUAUUUUCAGCCCCAAAUUACUGUGGCGAGUUUGACAAUGCUGGUGGAAUGAUGAGUGUGGAUGAAACUCUGAUGUGUUCAUUUCAGAUAUUGAAACCAUCUGAAAAGAAAGCUAAGUACCAGUAUGGUGGACUGAAUUCUGGACGCCCUGUCACUCCACCUCGAACAGCUAAUCCACCGAAGAAAAGGUGAAGAAAGGAAUUCUAUAAGGAAACCAUCAGAUUUGUUAAGGACAUACUUCAUAAUAUAUAAGUGUGCACUGUAAAACCAUCCAGCCAUUUGACACCCUUUAUGAUGUCACACCUUUAACUUAAGGAGACGGGUAAAGGAUCUUAAAAUUUUUUUCUAAUAGAAAGAUGUGCUACACUGUAUUGUAAUAAGUAUACUGUUAUAAUAUUCAAAAAAAGUUAAAUCCAAAUUUUCAAAAUUAUCCAUUAAAGUUACAUCUUCAUGUAUCACAAUUUUUAAAGUUAAAAAGCAUCCCAGUUAAACUAGAUGUGAUAGUGAAAUCAGAUGAAAGCAUGAUGAUCCAUCUGUGUAAUGUGGUUUUAGUGUUGCUUGGUUGUUUGAUUAUUUUGGGCUUAUUUUGUUUUGUUUGUUUUUGCUAGAAUAAUGGCACCUAUUUUAAUUUUUCCCUAAACAUUUUAAAAAGUGAAAUAUGGGAAGAGCUUUAAAGACAUUCACCAGCUUUUAUUUUCCUUUGCUUAUCUACUUAUGUACCUGUUUGAUAUUACUAAAAAAAAGUAUGCCUCAUUACAGUAAGAAGAAAUUUUUGAGAUUGAUAGUUUUUUAAAAAAUGCAAACUGUCCAAUCCAAUGAUUUUAAUCAAGCAGUUACUGGGCAAACUUUACAGCUAAUAGUGAAUAUUUUGCUUUUUACAAAUUGCCACUGAUUUGAAUUUGUGCACUCUAAUUUUAACUUAUUGACACUCUAUUGUGCAGUAGCAUUUCAUUUAACUUUAAGAUAAGGCUCAUAUAGUAUUACCCAUCUAGUUGGUAAUGUGAUUAUGUGGUACAUUGGCUUUAGAUUUUAAUUCGCACGAAACACCUUUUGGCAUGCUUAACUUUCUGAUAACACCCUCACCUGUAUUGGUUUUGAUUUGGGGGGGUUUUUGUUGUUGUUGUUUGUUUGAUUUUUAGAUCCACAAAACAUGAGAAUCCUUUUUUGACAAGCCUUGGAAAGAUGACACUAUUUCCUUUUCCUAGCCUCCAUACAAAAAGGAUGUAUUUAAAUGAAUGCUGGUCAGUGGGACAUUUUGUCAGCAAUGGGUAUUGGGUGCUUCACUGUCUUAAUAUUGCCAUGUGAAUGUUAUGUAAGGCUGUGUCACUAAAGAUUUUUAUUGGUUUUUCAUAAUCAAAGGUAUUGUAUAGAUAUGCUUUGUAGUGAACUAUAGUAGCAAUAAUUUCUGUACAUGAUCAAGAGUUUAUUGCAGCAUUUCUUUUCCUGUUCUGUUUUUGUUUUUGUUGUUGUUGUUGUUGUUGUUUCCUUAAGGGUUAGCAUUAACAAAUGGCAAGGACUAGGAAAAUCAACAAAGAUUUUAGAAGGAGACUUUACAGGAUACCGAUUUGUGAUUCUGUGGAUGUGACACUAUCGGAUGUGAUUCUAAAAUCUUUUAUUGAGCAUUGUCAAAUUUGUAAGCUUCAUAUGGAUGGACAUAAUAUUUAUAAUGCCCUUCUAAAUUUGCUACCAUAGAUGUGAAAUUCUUGACCUAAAUAUUGUCUUUGAAAAUGUUGAGAAUUCUGUUUCUGUUACAUUUUAUGGUUGGCGCAUUGUAUUACUGCAAGAAAUAUUUGAUUUUCACAGUGCAAAAGUUCUUUCAAAUGCAUAUGUCUUUUUUUUCUAAAUCCAUUUGUUUUAAAGCACAUUUUAAAUGUAGUUUUCUCAUUUAGUAAAAGUUGUCUAAUUGAUAUGAA